CUCAUUUGCAAACGUUUGAAAUUACAUUAAUCGAUCGUCGAAUUGCCGAAAAGAAAUAAUAAUUAUGGUUUUCAAUGACCGAUGUUAUAAGAGGCAAUGAACCGUAAUGUUUUUGAUGCAUAUCAACGGAUAAUGAUAACGAUAUGUAAAACUAUCCUGAAAGCUGAAGAGAAACGCGUAAUUAUUUUGCGGAAUUAAAUCGGUGAACCGUAUCACGGUGUUCUAGGUUUUCGUUACCUAAUAAUUGUUAACAUUUGUUAGCAUCAUUUUUUUUUUUUCAAACUACUCGUAAUCAUCGGCGUGUUAUUUUUAUGUAAUUAAAUCCAUGUAAUGAAACUGUUAUCCGGCGUUAUAAAUUUUUUCGUGUGUGGUUAUGUAGUGUAAAUGCAACAGUUGAUUUCAGUUCUGUGAAUAUUGUGCUUGAAUCGUUGGUAUUUUCUGUUAAAGAAAAUGACUAAUUCACAGCUUUGGUUUCGAGGAGUACGAAGUUCAAAAUAUCGUCACGUUUAUGGUAAUCCGGCCAAGAGGGAGAAUUCCUACCAUAAUGUUCCCAUCACCAGAAAUGCACACGAUUCGAAUUUCUGCGCGGUGAAUCCCAAAUUUGUGGCCAUUGUGACCGAAGUUGCUGGUGGUGGCGCAUUUAUUGUCUUGCCCAUUAAUAAGACGGGAAAAGUUGACAUAAACGUGAGUCGAGUUACCGGUCAUCGUGGACCGGUAUUGGACGUCAAAUGGAAUCCAUUUAACGAUAAUAUUAUAGCAUCUUGCUCCGAUGAUUGCACAGUUAAAUUAUGGUAUAUACCAGAUGUAGGUUUGAGCUGUAAUUUGACCGAUUGGUUGAUGGAUUUGCAUGGUCAUAAACGACGAGUUGGUUACAUCGAAUGGCAUCCGACAGCUGAAAACGUACUAGCUAGCGCUGGAUUUGAUUACUUAAUUAUUCUAUGGGAUGUUGGAGCCGGAGAAGCACUUACGGUGAUUGAUUGUCACGUUGAUAUUAUUUACUCGCUGUCGUUCAACAGAGAUGGCAGUCGAUUAGCUACGACUAGCAAAGAUAAAAAGCUCAGAGUUAUCGAUCCUCGAACCGGAUUAGUAAUUUCGGAAGGAGUUUGUCACGAAGGAUCUCGUUCUAGUAAAGUAGUGUAUUUAUCGGAAGGCAGAGUAUUAACGACCGGAUUCAGUCAGCAUUCCGAUAGGCAAAUCGCAGUAUGGAGAGAGAACGAUGUCACGAAACCGAUUCGACGGGAAAUGGUUGAUUCGUCUUCUGGAAUAUUGUUCCCAUUUUUCGAUUACGAUACGCAUGUGUUGUUCUUGGCUGGCAAAGGUGAUGGAAACAUCAGGUAUUACGAAAUUGUUGACGCUGAGCCCUGCAUCCAUUUUCUGAAUCAGUAUUUGUCGGAUUCUCCUCAGAGAGGCUUGGGUUUCGUACCGAAGAGAGGAUGUAACGCAUCUCAAUGUGAAAUUUUCCGAUUUUAUAAAUUACAUACAACUCGUAACAUUUGUGAACCAAUCUCAAUGGUGGUACCUCGUAAGAGUGAUCAAUUCCAAGAUGAUUUGUAUCCCGAUACAGUUGCUCCUGUGCCUGCACUUUCGGCUACUGAUUGGUUCAACGGUAUCAAUAAACCACCCGUGUUGAUGUCCAUGAAAACUGGCGUACCGAUCAGAACGCACAAACCGAAAGCAUUUAAACCCAAUGAAGCGUCAAAAGGAAACAUCAAUUAUCGUAUGAAAUUCGCAUUUUUAUCCCAGGAAACUAUACCGGAUUAUCGUCCUUUGAAUACGCUGCAAGACAAUGAAAAGUCACAGAAGACAUCCUGCAACACGAAAUUCCAACAAAUACAACAACUAUUCGGAAACAUCACCCAGAAUAAUGACAUGAACGGCGAAGACGCGUUAAUUAGUAAAAUUACCACUAAAGAUGAAAUGGAAGAAAGCCCUAAAAAUGAAUACCAACUGAGAAAGGCGUACAAUCGACAAUGCGAAGAGUUGAAACUGCUUCGUAAACAAUUAGCGAAUCGUGACCGGCGUAUACAAGAUUUAGAAAAACUAGUGGCGUCUUUACAGUCUCAAGUUUCUACGCUUCGUGUUCGAAAAUAAUUUCAAAUGCUAAGCCAAAGCUUUAAUACCGUAAAAACGGAUUUUCGAAAUGGCGUUGCCCGAAGCGUGCUCAUUUUGAAGAAUUUUGUACUUCGCAUUUAUACGCAUUCCUUGGCGCAUUUUUUUCCAUUUUCUUUAUUGCAAAUCACCGUUAAUCAACAAUGUACACAUUUAAUGAAGAAAAAUUAAGUAAAAAGGGUUGGUGUUUUAAGAAUUAUCAAAUCACAAGACGUUGUCACUACUGUUACACCGCGAGAACGACGUAUUCUACGUUUAGCUGGGGUUUAAAUAGUUAAUUCUUUUUUUUUUAUUUUAAAACAUUGUUUGUAUGUUUGUAAGUAAUGUUUUUUUCUGUGUAUAGUAUCACUGGAGUUGAUGUGUGUUUUAUUUUAUAAUUUAUGCCUUUUAAAUGAAGUCAUUUUUAAAAUAAGGAUUUUUUUCACUGAAAUAUGUAUGCGUUCAGCUGUAGAAUGGUAGAUGUUUUACGUGUAAAAAAUUUACCAAAUCGGAUCAAGGGUAAAUUAUUGAUUCGCAUUAAUGCCCGAGUAACGUUACGAUGCAUAUGUGCGUGGUUUCUCUUCAUUGCCUUUUUCAACACACCAAACAAUUUUCACAUUUGGAAUUCCUAUAGUUUUUUUUCUAUAUUUUCUAGUCAUAUUGCAGAACCGAUUUGAGUUUUGAUUCGAUUGUUUAUUUUUUUUCAAUAACGCUUGACUCGAGUUGAUUUGAAAACCUGCUUGCAUGCUGCUGAGAUUUUACAAAAUGUAGCUCUGUGUCUAGUUUGUUCGAUUCAUUCAAUCGCGAAUGUGAAAUGACAAUAUACAAAUUUUGUAUUUAUUUUUUGUACGAAUGUUUAAAAAUCUACAUUUUCAUUGCGAUCAAAAUUUUAAAAUGUGAUAUUACCUAUAUGUUAUAUUUUACAAUUUGUUUGAAAAACGCAGUUUUGCAUUAUUUUAAAUAUACGCUUUUUUACAUU